AUGGCCAAAAUGGAAGUCAAGACAUCACUUUUAGAUGACAUGAUAGGGGUGGGAGAUAUGGUUCUUUUAGAGCCACUUAAUGAAGAUUCCUUCAUCAACAAUCUGAAAAAGCGCUUUGAUCACAAUGAAGUAUACACAUACAUUGGCAGUGUGGUGAUAUCAAUAAACCCCUACAGAUCUCUACCCAUUUAUACUCCAGAGAAAGUGGAAGAAUACAGAAACCGAAACUUUUAUGAACUCAGUCCUCACAUCUUUGCUCUGUCAGAUGAAGCAUACAGAUCUUUAAGGGACCAGGAUAAAGACCAGUGUAUCCUUAUUACAGGGGAGAGUGGAGCUGGAAAAACAGAGGCAAGCAAACUUGUCAUGUCAUAUGUAGCUGCUGUGUGUGGAAAAGGGGCAGAGGUUAAUCAAGUAAAAGAACAACUUUUGCAGUCAAAUCCAGUUCUUGAAGCUUUUGGAAAUGCCAAAACUGUGAGGAAUGACAACUCCUCUAGAUUCGGAAAAUACAUGGAUAUUGAGUUUGAUUUCAAGGGUGACCCACUUGGAGGAGUUAUAAGCAAUUAUCUGCUAGAGAAGUCUCGUGUUGUUAAGCAGCCAAGAGGUGAAAGAAACUUCCACAUUUUCUAUCAGAUACUGUCUGGUGCAUCAGAAGACUUCCUCUGCGAACUCAAACUGGAGCGGGACUUCAGCAGAUACAACUACCUGGGCCUUGAUUCUGCCAAAGUGAAUGGAGUGGAUGACGCUGCAAACUUCAGAACAGUUAGGAAUGCAAUGCAGAUUGUUGGUUUUAUGGAUCAUGAAACACAGUCUGUUUUUGAAGUGGUGGCAGCCGUUCUGAAAUUGGGAAAUAUUGAAUUUAAGCCUGAAUCUCGCGUGAAUGGCCUAGAUGAAAGUAAAAUCAAAGAUAAAAACGAACUCAAGGAAAUCUGUGAGUUGACGGGUAUAGACCAGUCUGUAUUGGAAAGAGCUUUCAGCUUCCGGACAGUUGAAGCGAAGCAGGAGAAAGUUUCAACAACACUAAAUGUGGCCCAGGCUUAUUACGCCCGUGAUGCUCUGGCUAAGAAUUUAUACAGUCGACUGUUUUCUUGGCUUGUUACCAGAAUCAAUGAAAGCAUUAAGGCACAAACAAAAGUGAGAAAGAAGGUAAUGGGGGUGCUGGACAUCUAUGGCUUUGAAAUUUUUGAGGACAACAGCUUUGAGCAAUUCAUUAUCAACUACUGUAAUGAGAAGUUGCAGCAGAUCUUCAUUGAACUCACCCUCAAAGAAGAGCAGGAGGAAUACAUCCGAGAGGGGAUUGAAUGGACUCAUAUUGAGUAUUUCAACAAUGCUAUAAUUUGUGACCUAAUAGAAAAUAACCAAACUGGAAUCCUGGCCAUGCUAGACGAAGAAUGCCUGAGACCAGGAACUGUUACCGAUGACACCUUUUUAGAAAAACUGAACCAAGUCUGUGCCACUCACCAGCAUUUUGAGAGCAGGAUGAGCAAGUGCUCCCGGUUCCUCAACGACACCACCUUGCCUCACAGCUGCUUCAGGAUUCAGCAUUACGCUGGCAAGGUUAUGUACCAGGUGGAAGGAUUUGUUGACAAAAAUAAUGAUCUUCUGUACCGGGACCUCUCCCAGGCCAUGUGGAAGGCCAGUCACACUCUCAUCAAAGCGUUGUUCCCAGAAGGUAACCCCGCUAAGAUCAAUCUGAAGAGACCACCGACGGCAGGUUCACAGUUCAAGGCUUCGGUUGCUACCCUGAUGAAAAAUCUUCAGACAAAAAAUCCAAACUACAUUAGGUGCAUCAAACCCAACGACAAAAAGGCUGCACACAUUUUCAAUGAUGCCCUGGUGUGCCACCAGAUCCGCUACCUCGGUCUUCUGGAGAACGUCCGAGUCAGAAGGGCAGGUUAUGCAUUCAGGCAGGCGUACGAGCCUUGCCUGGAAAGGUACAAAAUGCUGUGUAAGCAGACAUGGCCCCACUGGAGAGGGCCAGCCAGGGCUGGAGUAGAGGUACUGUUUAAUGAAUUGGAAAUCCCUGAAGAAGAAUUUUCAUUUGGUAGAUCAAAGAUAUUCAUCCGCAACCCAAGAACGCUCUUCAAACUAGAAGAUUUGAGAAAGCAGCGGUUGGAGGACUUGGCUACUCUAAUUGAGAAGAUUUACAGAGGUUGGAAGUGCCGCACACGCUUCUUGUUGAUGAAAAAAAGCCAGAUUGUGAUUGCUUCCUGGUACAGGAGAUAUGCACAACAAAAAAAGUAUCAGAAGAUAAAGAGUUCGGCUAUUGUAGUACAGUCUUACAUCAGAGGAUGGAAGGCUCGGAAACUUCUUCGGGAACUUAAGCAUCAGAAGCGUUGUAAUGAGGCUGCUACAAUAAUUGCUGCUUAUUGGCAUGGUACCCAGGCGCGAAGGGAACUGAGACGGCUGAAGGAGGAGGCUAGGAAUAAACAUGCUAUUGCUGUUAUUUGGGCUUACUGGCUUGGAUAUAAGGCUCGAAGGGAGUUGAAACGCUUGAAGGAGGAGGCUAGGCGUAAGCAUGCUGUUGCAGUCAUUUGGGCUUACUGGCUUGGACUGAAG